AGCGGUUGCCUUGGAUACAUGACGCAUCUCUGGGCCUUUCCUUGUAACCAUGGAGCUGGGAGUUGACAGGGCCUUCCCAGUCUCUCCGAUGAUGUCCAAGGGCUGCAGUGGGCGACGGAAGACCCAGAUUCCAGAGUUUAUCCAGAGUGGGACAGGCACAACAACAACCCAACAUUCCAAAGACAAAGACGAGGAGAGGAGGACAUGGGACACGGGUGGUUCCAGGAAGAAUUUUACCAUGGCACCCACCUCCAGGUAUAUGAGUGAUAGGAGACAGUACUCUAUGAGGAAACCUCUGGUCACCACCACAGAGCAGCAGACCUCCAUCCUAAAGAAUUCAUACCUACAGGAGCACCCAAAAAACGUGAGCUAGGCGUGUAUAUGCUUUGUAACAAAUGCAUUGACUGCUACAAUUGUAUGACUUCUGAGAAGUAUAAAGAACACGUUAGAUUGAUUACCUUUGACUUAAUUUUUUUGCUUUGAAACAAAUUAUACUUCUACUGUACAAAUAACAACAAUGAACACCACAUUGUAUGUUAGCUGUACCUAAUGUCCUACUCCUACUCUAUCCCUCACCAUAGGAGCGACUGUGGGAAGGUAGCAGUAAUGAAGCAGACCAUCAUAGAGCGUUUGACUUCCAGACUAGACGGGCUGAACAGGAGUCCCCAGACAACCUCAACCCCUCUCAGGCUGACAUCUCACCCUGCUCAGCCUCCAAAGAGGACCUCAACACCUCCCUGGGGGUGUCUGAUCUCAGGAUAUGGCUGUCACACGAAGAACCCACCUUCAACUCAUUACACCUGGGCAGCAGGCCCGGCCGACGUAGCCUCUCCAGCCCACCCCUGGAGGUCCAUAGCUUCUCUACUCCACAAAGACCCAAGUGGACCUCCACUCUGCUAUCCUCCCUCUCGCCUUCCUACAUCCCCCCUUUGCGCCCCUCCAGACAGAGAUGGACAGAGCUGAGAGUGGUUGCAGGGGAAGUUUAUCAAUCACGUGAAGGAGGAGGGGAAACCUAUCUAAACGUAGGCCCUUCAGUGGGCUACUCCAAGGGCCGCUCCAACCCUGUGCUCCACACCAUGUCCCCCCACCAGGCCAACUACUGGCCCUGCGCCAUUACCAGCUCCCUACCCCCCUCCCCAGACCGACACUCUUCGAGCUGGGACCCUGAUAAGGAGUACCAGGCCCUCCUGGACUACACCUACCCCCUGAGGCCAGGUAGGGUGGUGGGUGGGUGGGAUACCUCAGAGCUCGGGGGUGGGUCUCUCAUCCAGACAGACCCAGGCCUCCAGGAUUCAGGGAUAAAACUGGACCGCCUCUGCAGCUCCACCAGCCUAUCAGCUUUGGACUUUUCCCUAAGUGUCACGGCAGGGGUGGGCACUAGUAGGGCCGGGGAGAGUGGGAUGCUGGGUAUAGGUCAGAGGUCAUCUGAGCUGCGUGGGUUCUCACACUCCAAGUCCUCUGAUGGUCGCCUCUCCAGUAGCCACUUCUCCUUUGCGGACCCUAUUGGUCUAUCCGUGGAGAGUCUGGACUGUAGUGGAGGUGGUAGUGGUCUGAACCAUUCGCAUCGUAGUGGGGAAGGUCACUACCGCCAACAUGGCAGCUCCUCCUCCUCUUCCACCACGUUCAUCCGCACAACCAGUAUCCUUCCCCGGCCAGGGUACCUCGGAGUGUGGGAUUGGGACGAGGAGUUCUGGCCUCUCCCGGAGCAGUUGGAGGAGCUCCAGGGUUUGUCCCGGCAGGUCAGGGAGGUGACGGCCCAACUCAGCCAGCCUGUCACAGACUACUGGGACUCCCUGGAGAGGGGGAACACCUCCGUCCAGUCCUCUAUGACCCUGGCAGAGAAACAGGAGGCAGAGGAGGAGAGAAAAGAACAGGAGCAGAAUGAGGAGGAAGAAAGGGAGGACGAGAAGGAGAAAGAGGAAGUGUCCAUUUCUGAAGCACUUCAAUACAUCAAUAAAGGUAUGUGUUGGUGGCAGCAUUUCAGUAGGCUCUAUUAUUCUAUGGUAUUUUAUAGUAUUUGUAAUAUUUUUCAACUUAGCAUGUUUGACUUCAAACACUUUUCGUCUCUGAAGCGGUCCAUAGUGGGGAGUCCUCCCAGGCAGCCAGAGGCUCUGGUCCUAGGAUGAAGGCUGGGGUAGUAGGUAGGGGAGUGAGAAGGGCCAUUCUGAGGGAGAAGGUGGGCAUGGUGGACCAGCUGAGUGGACUAACCCUGCCUGAGUUCCAGACGUGGAGCCAGGGGGAGCAGGAGAACAGGGGGUCCCUCAUGCAGCACAUCCAGGUUAGGACAGAGAGCUAAGAUGAUCACUAUAUUUUGUGCAAUAUAAUGACAAGCAUAUGCCACUGCCACCAAUACAAUGUAGCAUAAUGCAAUAUGAUACAGAACACAAUGAAAUACAAUACACAUUACACAAUCUAUGCAAGGUGUUGAUAAUGGUAUAUUGCAUAAUACAUGUACAGUACAUAGGUCUCAUCUCUCUUAAAGGUGCUACACACAGGAUAAAAAAUAAAUAAUGACAUUGUCAUUUCUGAAAAUGUCCAUAAUACAUUGAGUGUACAAAACAUUAGGAACACCUUCCUAAUAUUGAGUUGCAUACCGUUUUUUUGCUCUCAGAACAGCCUCAAAUUGUCAGGGCAUGGACUCUACAAGGUGUCGAAAGCGUUCCACAGUUGGCUGGAUUUCCUUUAGGUGGUGGACCAUUCUUGAUACACACGGGAAACAGUUGAGCAUGAAAAACCCAGCAGUGUUGCAGUUCUUGACACAAACCGGUGCGCCUGGCAUCUAUUACCAUACCCCAUUCAAAGGCACUUCAAUCUUUUGUCUUGCCCAUUCACCCUCUGAAUGGUAACACAUACACAAUCCAUGUCUCAAUUGUCUCCAGGCUUAAAAGUAUUUAUUUAACCUGUCUUCUCCCCUUCAUCUACACUGAUUGAAGUGGAUUUAACAGGUGACAUCAAUAAGGGAUCAUAGCUUUCACCUGGAUUCACCUCGUCAGUCUAUGUCAUGAAAAGAGCAGAUGUUCCUAUUGUUUUGUACACUCAGUGUAUAUCUGGCGCUAAUAGUGGAAUGAUGGUGUUUCACAGUAUUACUUAGCCGGCAGUGUUGUGAUAUUUGCUCAAAUUCUACACUGUUCACUCAAUUUCAGUUUAUGUGAGAAUAAUGCGGGGGGCCAGUAUAAAAAAAAUAUGUAUUCACUAACUGUAAGUCGCUCUGGAUAAGAGCGUCUGCUAAAUGACUAAAAUGUAAAUGUAAAUAUUUAUGUGAGAAAACAAGCAUUGAAUAUUGUAGGGAAUCAUUGUACCAUCUAAAUCGCUUUCAAUAAGAACAAAUAUUCUUACUUUCGGUUUUGGUCCACCAGCUUCAAACAGCGGUUUGAUCCACCAGCUUCAAACAGCUGUAAAAACUAUAUUUUUUUAUAUUGAAAAUAUAUUUCACAGCGAUUUAGAUGGUACAAUGAUUCCCUACAUUAUUCAGUGCUUGUUUUCUCACAUAAAUAUUUACAUUUACAUUUUAGUCAUUUAGCAGACGCUCUUAUCCAGAGCGACUUACAGUUAGUGAAUACAUAUUUUUUUUAUACUGGCCCCCCGUGGGAAUCGAACCCACAACCCUGGCGUUGCAAACGCCAUGCUCUAUCAACUGAGCUACAUCCCUGCCGGCCAUUCCCUCCCCUACCCUGGACAACGCUGGGCCAAUUGUGCGCCGCCCAUGAGUCUCCCGGUCACGGCCGGCUGCGACAGAGCCUGGAUUCGAACCAGGAUCUCUAGUGGCACAGUUAGCACUGCGAUGCAGUGCCUUAGACCACUGCGCCACUCAGGAGCUAAACUGGAACAUAAACUGAAGCACAGCCACAAAGUCAGAACAGCUUUCCUAUUUUGACAACAGAUGCCGCUCCGGCGGGAGAAAUCAAUAGGCAAAUAUCACAGCCAAUCACAACACUGGCGGGUAAGUAAUACUGUGAAACAUUAUCAUUCCACUAUUACUGCAGAUAUAUUAUCGACAUUUUCUGAAAUUACAAUGUAAAAAUUAAACAACAAAAAAGUCCUAUGUGUAGCACCUUUAAAUACUACUAAAUCCAAAUCCACGAACAAGCUGUUGUGGGGCAAUUUGAUAUUAAUUCUGCGACUUACGACCUGUUUACCAAUCAGACCUUCUGUUUUAACCUGGAGGAGCUCAUCCAAUGGCUGUACACGGUGGUGGAGAGGAUGGAGGUGCUGGCUCCGCCCACUGUGGACAUCAAGAGUGUCAAGUCAUCUCUGGCGGAUUAUAAGGUCAGUGGUGCACAUACACAGAUCCUUUAAAUUAUCAUAUAAAUCAAUUCUAUAUGUAAUUCUAUUGGUGUACACUACACAUCCUCUCGGCUUUGGGAGAAUGGAAAGUGCCUUAUUAUUAAUCAACCCUCUCUGCCCCCUUCUCCAUUUUGUUUCUGUCUCUCUCUCUCUUAAUAUCUCUAUAUGCCUCUCUCCCUCUGUUCUUCCCUUUGUCUUCUUCACCCCAUCUCUCUCUCUCCUUCCCCCUCCCUUUCUCCCUCCACAGAGGUUUCAGAGAGAAGUAAACGCCCACCAGCCCCUGACCACCUCUGUUCUGCAAACUGGAGAGCUUCUCCUGGGUUGUUUGACCUCCAUUUCUCCCGGUGACCCUUCCAUCACUGACAAGUUGCUCUUUGCCUACAGCUACUUCAUUUGUAUCUACUGUAUCUCAGGUGUCACCCACCCUUGAUAAUCAGAACAGGUUUAUAAAUUAUGCUGCCUUCACACAGGAAUGACCCUGUUCUCAAUUCAAGCGGAUCAGCCUGUCAGACCAGACUUCUUCUUAGUAAAGGAUAUGGAAGUGUUUUACUGGAAGAAGACAAUGACCACCCUACACUAUUUCCUUUUGUGAAUUCUAAAAUACACUUGUGCUCCUUUACUAAUGGAAGAGUAAAAUGAAUUGCGUGACACAGCAACAACAUCUGAGACUGUUGAAGUAGGCACUGCCUGUGUUUUAAAGGGCUCCAAAUUACAUUGCAUGAUUAGUUUACGUGUUUGUGUGAAGGCUACCUUGGUCCUCUGUAGCUCAAUUGGUAGAGCAUGGCGCUUGUAACGCCAGGGUAGUGGGUUCGAUCCCCGGGACCACCCAUACGUAAAAAUGUAUGCACACAUGAUUGUAAGUCGCUUUGGAUAAAAGCGUCUGCUAAAUGGCAAUAUUAUUAUUAUUAUUAUUAUCAAAGGGUAGAAUUUAUUGUCUGCUAACAGUGAUGAGCUUGUCUAUUUGUUUCAGGUCUCAUAUAGGUCAGUUCAACAGCUAACACUGGUAUACUGUAGAUUUGUUCUGGCGGUCAGGGGAAUUCUAUACUCACAGUCCUCCCCUCUGACAGAAACAGGAAACACUGUGUGAGGAGAAUGCGGCCAUGCAUGCAUGACUAAGAGUGUUGGGGCUCUGUUUUUUUCUCUUUCUCUUAUUCCAAAUGCUCUUAUUCCAAACAUGAAGGAAACUUCAAAUCAAAUUGUAUGUGUCACAUGCGCCGAAUACAACAGGUGUAGAACUUACAGUGAAAUGCUUACUUUCAAGCCCUUAACCAACAAUGUAGUUUUAAGAAAAAUAAGUGUUAAGUAAAAAAUAGAUAAGUAAAAAAUUAAAAACUAAUAAUUAAAGAGCAGCAGUAAAAGAAAAUAACAGUAGGGAGGCUAUUAUGCAGGGGGUACCGGUACAGAGUCAAUGAGCGGGGGCACAGGUUAGUCAAGGAAAUUGAGGUAAUAUGUACAUUUCCAGUCAAAAGUUUAGACACACCUACUCAGUCAAGGGUUUUCUUUCUUUAUUUUUUUACUAUUUUUUACAUUGUAGAAUAAUAGUGAAGACAUCAAAACUACGAAAUAACACAUAUGGAAUCCUGUAGUAACCAAAAAAGUUAGCCACCCUUUGCCUUGAUGACAGCUUUGCACACUCUUGGCAUUAUCUCAACCAGCUUCAUGAGGUUGUCACCUGGAAUGCAUUUCAAAUAACAGGUGUGCCUUAUUAAAAGUUAAUUUGUGUAAUUUAUUUCCUUCUUAAUGAGUUUGAGCCAAUCAGUUGUGUUGUGACAAGGUAGGGGGGAUAUGCAGAAGAUAGCCCUAUUUGGUAAAAGACCAAGUCCAUACUAUGGCAAGAACAGCUCAACUAAGCAAAGAGAAACGACAGUCCAUCAUUAUUUUAAGACAUGAAGGUCAGUCAAUACGGAAAAUGUCAAGAACUUUGAAAGUUUCUUCAAGUGCAGUCACAAAAACCAUCAAGCGCUAUCAUGAAACUGGCUCUCAUGAGGACUGCCACAGGAAUGGAAGACCCAGAUUUACCUCUGCUGCAGAGGAUAAGUUCAUUAGAGUUACCAGCCUCAGAAAUUGCAGCCCAAAUAAAUGCUUCACAGAAUUCAAGUCACAGACACAUCUCAACAUCAACUGUUCAGAGGGGACUGUGUGAAUCAGGCCUUCAUGGUCGAAUUGCUGCAAAGAAACCACUACUAAAGGACACCGAUAAGAAGAAGAGACCUGCUUGGGCCAAGAAACACAGAAAUGUGUCCUUUGGUCUGGAGUCCAAAUUGGAGAUUUUUGGUUCCAACCACUGUGUCUUUGUGAGACACGGUGUGGGUGAACGGAUGAUCUCAGAGUGUGUAGUUGCCACCAUAAAGCAUGGAGGAGGAGGUGUUAUGGUGUGGGUGUGCUUUGCUGGUGACACUGUCUGUGAUUUAUUUAGAAUUCAAGGCAUUCUGCAGCGAUACGCCAUCCCAUCUGGUUUGGGCUAAGUGGGACUAUCAUUUGUUUUUCAACAGGACAAUGACCCAAAUGCCAAGAGUGUGCAAAGCUGUCAUAAAGGCAAAGGGUGGCUAUUUGAAGAAUCUCAAAUAUAAAAUAUAUUUUGAUUUGUUUAACACUUUUUUGGUUACUACAUGAUUCCAUAUGUGUUAUUUCAUAGUUUUGAUGUCUUCACUAUUAUUCUACAAUGUAGAAAAUAGUAAAAAUAAACCCUUGAAUGAGUAGGUGUGUCUAAACUUUUGACUGGUACUGUAUAUGUAGGUAGAGUUAAAGUGACUAUGCAUAGAUAAUAAACAGAGAGUAGCAGCAGCGUAAAAGAGGGGGUGGGUGGGGGACAAUGCAAAUACUCCGGGUAGCCUUGGUGAGUUGAAUGUGAAAUGUACCACUAAAGUUUCCCAUUUCUCUUCUGUUUUCUAUGCUAAUCUCUAUAAUACUCUCUCUUCUCUCUUCCCCCGUCUCUCCCCCCCUCUCUCUCUUCCUCUUCUUAUGUCCCCCAGUUCUGAAAGAGACCCUCUGUCUUAUUGAGAGGCAGUCCAGGGUGCUGGAGACCCACUCAGAGCACCUCUUCUCUUCUUUUCUCUCAGCCAUGGACAGCCUGACCCAGCCCGGGGAGCCCAGUGGGGGAGAGGAGACCCAGGCAGGGGACUCCGACAGGGUGGAGGUCCAGGGGACAGCUCAGUGA